AUGAAGGUCAUUCACGGAUGGAAAACUGUUGAUUUUGUUUUUCCAAGUACCGCAAUCAGGCAUUCCAUGUUACGAAGUGGUCAAUUCAUACCGGGAAAUUCAUUAAUAUUAGAUGCCGAUUACUGGCAAGAAGAUGUCAUUUUUGUAACGUUACCACGAUUAAGAAAUGGUAUACCCGCAACUUUGGCAACCGUUUCUUCAUUCAUCGACUACGAUGAAUCUCCAAAACUAUUACCCUUUCCCGACUGGACUUGGCACGACGAAGAUAAUUGCGAAGGACUCGUUUCCGUCUUUAGAAUAAAGGUAGAUGAAUGUGGUCGUCUCUGGAUCGUUGAUUCCGGCGUCACAGAUGCAUUGAAUACAGCAAAAAAAAUAUGUCCGCCAAAAAUUAUGGUUUUUGAUUUACACACUAAUACACUCGAGUUAAAAUAUGUUAUCCCGGAUAAUUUAUUAAGCAGUUUAAGCUUGUUAGUCACGAUAGCAGUAGACAACAGAAGGUUUUGCGAUGAUGCGUUUGCGUACAUCGCUGACGUAGGAGAUUUUGGCGUCAUCGUUUUCGAUAGCAGACGACACAGAUCGUGGAAGGUUAAAAGUAAUUACUUUUAUCCUUAUCCGAAUUACGGUUCGUUUAACAUUGCCGGUACCGAAUUUGAUUUGAUGGAUGGAGUUAUUGGUUUGGCACUCGGUCCACUAAAUAAAUAUGGUUUGGCGAGUGUUGCCGAAUCAAAAGUUUCAACGUCAUUUUUAAGAAACGAAUCAAAUUUUCUUAGCGGUGAUAAAAAAAUUUCAAAAAGGUUUUACACGUCUGAUAAUGUGAGGCCAUCUCAAUCCGCUGCUCAAGAUAUGUCACAGAAUAAAAUUUUAUUCUUUGGAUUAUUGUCCAAAAAUUCCAUAGCUUGCUGGAAUUCUAGAAUGCCAUAUUUACCAUUUAAUAUAAUUACCCUGGCACAAAAUAAUGAAACUUUGCAAUUUUCAAGCGGAAUUAAAGUAAUUAAGAAAAACGGUUUGGAAGAACUUUUGGUGACGACGUCGAGAUUUCAAAAAUAUCUUUUAAAUGAAAUUGAUAAUAAUGAUGUCAAUUAUAGAAUUUUAAGCGCUUCCGUUAAUGAUUUGGUUAAAAAUACUCUUUGUGAAUUCGGUUCGAGUUUUUUUCCAGAAUCAUAUCAAACCAUUGAAAUCACUAAUUGGAAUUAA